UGUGCGCGAUCGGGGUAUGGUGUGUGGCUCGGUUCCAGGGGGACGUGGACGAGGACCUGAUCUGCCCCAUCUGCAGCGGGGUCCUGGAGGAGCCAGUGCAGGCCCCGCACUGCGAGCACGCCUUCUGCAAUGCCUGCAUCACACAGUGGUUCUCGCAGCAGCAGACGUGCCCCGUGGACCGCAGCGUGGUGACGGUGGCCCACCUGCGCCCGGUGCCGCGGAUCAUGCGGAACAUGCUCUCCAAGCUGCAGAUCACCUGCGACAACGCCGUCUUCGGCUGCACGGCCGUGGUGCGCCUCGACAACCUCAUGGCUCACCUCAACGACUGCGAGCACAACCCCAAGCGCCCCGUCACCUGCGAGCAGGGAUGCGGGUUGGAGAUGCCCAAGGACGAGCUGCCCAACCACAACUGCAUCAAGCACCUGCGCUCGGUGGUGCAGCAGCAGCAGACCAGGAUCGCAGAGCUGGAGAAAACCUCGGCCGAGCACAAGCACCAGCUGGCCGAGCAGAAGAGGGACAUCCAGCUGCUCAAGGCCUACAUGAGGGCGAUCCGCAGCGUCAACCCCAACCUGCAGAACCUGGAGGAGACCAUCGAGUACAACGAGAUCCUGGAGUGGGUGAACUCUCUGCAGCCGGCGCGGGUGACGCGCUGGGGCGGCAUGAUCUCCACGCCGGACGCCGUGCUCCAGGCCGUGAUCAAGCGUUCGCUGGUGGAGAGCGGCUGCCCGGCGUCCAUCACCAACGAGCUCAUCGAGAACGCCCACGAGCGCAACUGGCCCCAGGGGCUGGCCACGCUGGAGACGAGGCAGAUGAACCGCAGAUACUACGAGAACUACGUGGCCAAACGCAUCCCCGGCAAGCAGGCCGUGGUGGUGAUGGCCUGCGAGAACCAGCACAUGGGAGAGGACAUGGUGCUGGAGCCGGGGCUCGUCAUGAUUUUCGCUCACGGAGUGGAGGAGAUCUGAGAGGAAUUCACCUAGGGAUGGAGGGGGGUUUGGGGAGGAGAUGUGAAAAAAAUCCAGCUUGAGACAGCGGGGGUUUUCUGGAGUUGGGAUUUUUGCUUGUGGUGUGGAGAUGAUCUGAGAAAAAUCCAGCUCUGAGAAAAAUCCAACUCAGAAAAAUCCAGCUCUGAGAAAA